GACGCACGCUCGCUCCGGGCGGGGCCCCCCGGGCCGCCCCGGGCUCCGCGAUACCGGCCCGCGCCCGCCUUUAGUCGUGCCGCGAGAGGGUGAGUGCAGCGAGGAGCCCGCCGGUCGUCGUGUCGCGUCUCGUCGACCGCCCCCUAGCCCCCCCGGCACUUUCUGCAGUGAUACGCGGACCGGAAGCACGGAAGUGGAGGAUCCCCCCACCCUGUCCAGGCCGUGGGGGUUGUGGUGCAGCCGUGUGCACAGCGCGCGUAGCCGCACACAGCCAUAAAAUGGUGAAGCCUCUAGGGGGUGUUCCGCCCAAGAGACCGAGCUUCCUCCGCAUCGACAUGAAGAGGAAGCUCCCAGCGCCGUUCACCGUCAGCCGGGGCUACACGCCGGAGUACCCAUGGCUCGGGCAGCAGCACCCGGAGCCCAAGCCGGCCAAGAAGCCGCUGCUGCUCAUGCAGCAGUCGCCCGCCGGCAUCUUCAAGUGCCUCCUCUGCGUGGCGUGCUUCAUCUUCGGCCUGGCGCUCAUCGCGUACGCCGGCAGCGCCAUCCUCCGCGGCCAGGCCGCGCGCAGCAGGUUGCAGCAGCUGCUGCCAGCGGCGCCAGCGCCAGCGGCCGCAGCGCUCGUUCAGGGCGUGGGAGAGGAAACCUACACGGACGACAUCCGUGACGCCGACCAGGACAACCACGACCACGGGCCCGCCUCGGCUUACGAGCCGCCCGCAGUGAAAGUGACAGCCGUAGCAGGGAACACCCCGCCUCUGGAGGACGCGCCCGCCCCCCUGAGUCUGGAAGGGGUUGAUGGGCCCAGCCAUGUCAUUGACGACGCUCCUGCGCCGGCGGCCGUGCAUGGCCCCAUUGUCGUUAGGAUGGUCGACGAGCCUCCCCCGGAGACGGCCCCGGCCGCGAGUCAAGAAGAACUCCCCGCUGCUGUCGCCGAGAUGGUCGCCGAGCCCGCCGUCGGUCAGAAGGAGAUCCACGUGGUGAGCGUGUCAGUCGACACGGGGGUCGGGGAGGCAGUGGGCCAGGAGGUUGUGCCGGUCGUCCAGGGAGAGGACCAGGGCGGAGUCGAAACUGCCAAGCACCUGCUGCUUUUGAUGCGCCUCGCCAACGUGGCGGAGGCCCAGCGCGAGCUGGAGAAGCGUGUGCAGGUGACGGACGCGCUCAAGGCAGCGUAUGACGAGCUGCAGGAGGGACAGGACGCGGCAGUCGCUGGGGGCGGACAGGGAACUGCACAGGAGGGGAUGGCAUUAGACGACUCCACUCUCCACGACCUGUUGGCAACUGAAAACGCUUCACAGCCGCGGGAGCAGCUUGACGAGGCUGCCGACAACGAGUUGGCUCGACAGCUCCUGCUGUGGUUCCUGACCCACCCGGAGACACUAGAACAGGAGCAGGCCGCCGAUGGGGUCGACGAGGACCUCCCCGCAGAGGACAAGGUGCCUGAAGGGGUCGCUGACGGCCACCCCGCCCAGGAGCAGGUGUAUGACGGGGUAAAAGGGGUCGACAAUGAACCGGUCCAGGCCGGACGGCAGCUUGAUCAACUCUCGCACGACGAGGCUGACCCCGAGAGCGUGGUGUCCUGGACGCAGCUGAACGAGGACGACAAGCAGGACGCACUGCUGCCCAACCUGGCCGCGAGAGGUUUGGAGGGCGACAACCUCCCCACCAACGACAGCACGACAGCCGGGUCCAGGGUAGGGACCGAGCUGGAACCCGCGAACCAGGAGGACGUCGAACUAACCGACAUCGUGCCGCGGACCGUCUUGGCGCAGGAGCUCGAGCCGGAGGUGGACGAGGGCCAGACGCUGCAGCAGUACCGCGACCUGCUGUCGCGCCGCGUCCCGCUCAUGCACCACGUGCUGCAGCUGCGCCGCAGCCAGCAGGAGACACUGCAGCAGGAGCAGCGCGCCACCGCCUACCUGCGGCUACUCGACCUGCACCUGCUGCAGCAGCAGCAGGAGGCAGCGGCCCGGCAGCGGCGGCGACAGCACCUGCGCGACAUGCAGCGCCUCCAGGCGUACGCCCAGCAGCUGCAGCAGCAGGACCAGCAGCUGCACGCGCAGCAGGUCUGGUGGGAGCAGCAGGCACCACAGGCGUACGCCCAGCAGGCGCAGGUGGAUCAGCAGCUCUACAACCAGCAGACCUAUUCC